AUGCCAUGGCCACUGAAGUAUGAGGCCCGCUCAGUAGAGACCUCAGAUUUCAACAUGCACGGCUCCUAUGGCUCUAUAGAUACCAACACAGAUCCCAGUUGCAACAGGACCACGGACCUAAAGAUGGCCUUUGGCAACAGCCUAGGCCUUGACAUCACCCUGGUCCUGGGUGGCAAGAAGGUCACCCUCAUCAAUGAGAAUAGGUUUUACACAAUAUGGGACUUUCUAGACUACUGGAUUUUUAACAAUACUUGGAUAUCAAUCCUGUUUACAAUUUUCCUGGGAGUUGCUUUUGAGAUAAUCCUCAUAAGAACUUGUGAAUUAUUUAAGAAGAAGCUUAAGCUAUGGAAAAAUAGCGGUUUGUAUUCUCAGAGGCAGGAUGAAGAUGUUUUCCCCAAAGGAGAGAUACUUGCUAUAGAGUGCUGGUCCAUUUCCAAAACAUCUUCAGCAGAAAGAGUGGAAGCAUUUUCAGAAAGAGUAACAACCAGUCCUCCAUGUGAGGAGAAGGGAAAUAACAUCAGAAAGGAAACCAUUUCAUCCAAUGAAUAUGAAUAUCAAGGAAGCCAUUUUUGUGAAACUCACUCAUCUUCAGGUGGGACCAGAAAAUCCUUUUCAAUGAUUCAUUCAAAAGUAAAGAACAUUUUCAUGAGAUCCUUUUACAGAAAAGAUCCACAAAGUAAAUAUCAAACAAAAUCAUUUUCCUCCAGUAAUUUAUUUUCAAUAAUGAAAACCAACAGGAAAAAAAACACACUUCCUGUCAGUUUUCCAAGCACUUUUACAUUUACAAGAGCUGAGGAUCUCAAUGUGACACCAUGCCCUCCUGUCCAUUUAUUACUUUCUCUUGACCAAAUUAAACAUUUGGAAGAAAAUGUGAGAAGGAAGAUUCCUGUGAACCCUAAAGCUUUGUCAGGGAGGGAAGCUGAUUGUCUGCACCCAAGAUCUCAGGAGUCAUUGAUCCAUUAUCAACAUCCUAAGGAAGAAUUUCUUCCUGCUGAAGCACUAGAUACUUUCCCGGACCAAAGUGCUAUGCAGAAUCAGUUGAUUCGUGAAGAACAGUUUACUAGCCAAACCCAACAAUGUAUUCACAACCAAGAGUCAGUCAUCAGCCAGCCUGGUUUCAUUCAGCCUCUAGAUGUUAUGAGACAGCCAUUUUCUAGUAGCACACAAGACUCCUUCCAGUCCCAACAAAUAGACCAUAAAGAUAAAAGCCAACAUUUCAACCACAUCCCAUGUAUUGAUGAAACAGAAGAUUUAACCAAGGGCUUAGAGUCUGAUGAACAUUUCAGUGAGACCCAAUGUUCUGUCUAUUUUAAUGACCAAAACAAGAGUAACCAUUUGGUUACAGGACAAAAUAGUGUUUUCCAGAAUACUGAUUUUCUAUCUUUAAGAUCAAAUUCAUUGGCUGAAGAUUUUCCACAACAAAACGUAAUACCAGGCCAACAACCAGUGGCUUCAUUGGAAUCAAACCAGCAUUGUGCACACAGUUCAAUGUCUCUUUCACUUAACAUUAAAAGGCAGAGAAACAAGAGAGAAAUACCAGACAAUGAAAGAAAACUCAAUCUUAAAGUUCCACAUCCCAAAGCAAAGAAAACCUCCCAUUCACAGGUAUUGCCAAUCAUAGUCUGUCAUACUUCAGAAAAUAAGAUAACGUUCAGAUGCAAGAAGAAGAAGAACAUAGUACAUCAAAGAAAAACCAUGCCGGAUAUAGCACUGCAUCUUAUUUCUGUCUCUAAGCUUAUCACUCCCCAUGUUAAAAAGUAUUUCUUAAAAUGUCUAGUGGCCGUUAUUCCAGACUUAAUAACAUGUGAGCGUUUUCUGCAGGCACAAAAUAAGUCACUAGAUACAGAGAAAAUCAAUUCUACAAGGGCAGACAAACAUACAGACAGAGACGAGGCUGCAGGUCCCAUGCACCCACCUUCAAUGCCAGAGAAAUCGUCAGCUAGUGAGUGUUUAAUUGAAACAACAGAACAUAGGGUCCCAUUUUGUGAAAAGCCCACACAAACACUGGAUGGUCAUAUUACAGAAGACAAAGAAGACUUGAACAAGGACUUAUGUGCAGUUGCCACAAGACCUUUUAAAGUCAGAAAAAUAGCAUCAGGACCAAAAAAUGUACUCAGUGUCAAGCACAAAUUUAAAGUGAAAAAACCUGCAUUUUCCCUGAGGCUUUCUGUAACUGCACAUAACACUCUGAAUAGGAGAAAAGUGGGAGACAGAUUUGAAAUCAAUAGUAAACAAAUGCUGCAUGAUGUAAUAUUGGCACCUGGGUUUCUAAAUGUUCAGCCUCAGAGGUCUAGCAUUCAAAAUAAUAAAACUGAUAUCAAGAUAACACCCCCAAAAACCCAUGUUGAAAGGAAAGAAAAGAAUUUAGAUUCCCUUGAUAAAGAAAGGAAAGCUGUAGAUGCUCCAGAAGUUCAGUUGUGCUGUGAUGUGAAAGUGCUGCCAGAGACAGUGGCUCCCGUUCGGAGCUUCCGAUUUGACGCAUGCCCAGUCAAAUCUGAGACUAAGAUGGAGAAAGAAAUGUUUCAAGCAGUAUCUCUCACUGAAGCAGUUACGGAGUCAGUUGACUCACCGAGAAUGGAUUCAUUUUGUGUUGCAAAUACAAAAACCAGUGCAGCUACACAGACAGAGCUCCAAUAUUGUGCAGAAUUAGCAUUGGAUCCUCUAACGUCAGGAAAAUUACUGGCGAAAGACUCUCUGAGACAACCAAGUAAUGUCCCAAAUGAUGGAAAUGAUACAAGGGAAAUUAGUUGUGGUUUUAAUCAAAACACUUUUCCAUGCUCUGUAAAUUACUGCAUGCCUGUUUUGAUUCAUUCUAAAAAGAAAGAGCAAAUAAGAUUCACAAAUAUGAGUACAGCGAGGUUCAAGUAUAUGAAUAAGGUGAAACCAAUGGCUUCAAAAACAUUCAAUAUCACAGGCAACAAAAAGAAGUCAAAAUUGGACCUCAAGAUCAAAUUAAAAAGGGUAGACCAAGCUAAGGCAUUUUUACCUGAAUGUCAAAACACUAUUUGCUUAUCCAACCAUGGAGAUUUGCAGGAGGUCUUUUGUCAUGCUCAACUAAAGCAAGGAGGACUAGCAAGCCAAAUACGUGUUGAUUGUGUACCUGAAAGUAGUGAGUUCUACAACAGAGAGAAAAACUUUAAAGAAGAAAAACAAAACCCUUUUGUACAGGCAGCUUCACAGCAUGGCCAACAUAGGUGGGCUGAUGCAGAUCAAAGGAAGGAAACUCUCACAGAUGAGCCAGAGCCAUCGCCUAUCUCUUUAAGUCAAAAACAACCUGCUAACAAUCAGGGUGUAAAGUACCAAAAAGAUUCCCUGAAAAGUACUUCGGAGACCAGCCUACAAAUGGCCCCCAUCCAAGCUGAAGGAUUACAGACAACGACCAGAACAGAAAGUGGCAUAAACGUCCCCAUGGUUCCUAAAAUUUUAUCUCCUAAAGCAGGAACCUCUUCACCUGGUGAAUUUACAAAGAUGACAGAUGAUGAUUUAGAAUCCUAUGAGAACUCUGAACAUGAAUUAGAAUUGUAUCCUGCAGAAAAGGAUUCAGAGACAUCAACAGGUCUGCAGGUGGCAUUCCUGCAGUCUUCUGAUUCUGUUACAAGAUCCUCUGUUCUUAGACCUAAAGGGAAGAGAAAAGUACUAAGAUCAAAGAGGCACACAACAGCGAGACAGAGACAUAGAACUAUGCCGGAAAUAAAACCAUCAGUUCCACAGUCAGUUGGCUGCAGGUAUAGCAAAAAACAAAACUGCAAAGAAAUGAAAUAUUCCUGGAUAAUUUCCGAAGAGAAAUGUUACAAGAUGGGUAACAUAGUAGGUGCCUGUUUGGACUUCAUUUACUCCACUGUAUAUAUUUUGUCCAACAAAAAAAAUAGAAGUUCAAAACCAUGGAUAGAUGAACAGAGAAUAAGAAGACUAAGUCAUAGGGAACGAAUACGAGAGAAAUCACCAAAUGGAAGAAACACACACUUUCUGGGUUCUGCUGAUUUGAGUAGUUCCUCUAGCAUGAAGAACUAUGAAGAAGAAGUGGAAGAGGAACCAGAAGAUAUCCUGAUCUCAGAAAAUAGCCCCAGCCUUACAUGUGCUACAUAUCAAGAAAAAGACCAUGACCAAGAAGGGAGAACAAUUGCUCAGGUACAAGCACAAACACUUACAGAAGUUAUUUCCUGUUCUACCCCAUGCCCCAUCCCAGAUGAACUUCAACUAGAAAAGCUAGAGGACUGUUUCAAUGUUUCCCCUCUAACAUUUGAGGAAGAUAAGGACAAUGCACUAUCUAAAGGAGAGUGCGAUCUAUCUGAUGAAAGACGACACAAGGAACAGGCUGCUGACAGUGAAAGGGAGCCGAAGGAACUAUCAGCCUCAUAUGCUAAUCCAAACCAUAGUGGAGAAAUAAAAUGUGACUCAACCAUAAUGGAAGGCACGGAUCCAGAGGGAAAAAAUGCAGAUGAAAUAUCCUAUUUGACAGAUGUUGCACUGGAUAUUAAUAUGAGCAGCAAGAUAGAAACAGAAGAAUCCACAUCAAGCAAAAAAACACCCUGUUCUGUACCAAGGAAGCCAGAGAUACUGCUUCAUGAAGGGAAGUUUACUUCAGAUGACAUCAAAGAAAUUAAUCUUCAAUCUAAAGAAGAAAGGGAGAAUGAUGAUGACACAUUAUUAGAGUCAUUCCCACAGGAUAGCCAACAUUUUGUAUUUUGUUCACAUCAAAGCAGGGAUCCUAUCUCUCAUGAAUUAAGAAAAGAAGGAGGGAAGAACAUUCUGUUCACUGUGGAACAGGAAAUUCCACAGCCAAGUCAGUCAGCAGGUCUAACCCAAAAAGAGUAUGCCAUGUGUAUGUCAAGUUCAAAGGGUCCUCCCAUACAAUCUCAAACUGAUGAAGUUAACCCUGAUAGAACAAAAUACGGCAUCUCUGAUGAUGGAACUCAUGAACAGAAACUGAACAGUUGGGAUAGAUUGGAAAGAGAAGGGCUUAAAAAUGACCUACAAGCAACUAUCACAGAGUCUUUGAAUCUCUCAACCCCUCAGGCACUAAGAUCUGAAAGGAAAAUCAAAGUAUCUAUACGGAAAGCCUUACAAGGUAAAAUGUGUUCAAUUGGUAUAACUAUGAAAGGAAGGAAAACAGCUGUUUCAAAGGUAUUAACUAUAUCACAGUGUGGUCAUAGAAAAAAUCUACUUCCAAAAACCUUGAAGCCCCAGAUUUCUGAAUUUAUACAUUCUGCUGUCUUAUCUGAUAGUUUUAAUAUAAAAGUAUUGAAAGAUCCAACAGCAGAGAAAAAUAAAAGAUUAUUAACCCAGGAAUUGGCAGCAACAAUGUUAGAGUCUUUGGAUUUCUCCACACCUACAUCAAAAGAGAAAGAGAAUUUAAAACUCAUGGACAAGGGAAAUGAAAUGAGUAACAAUUAUCUAUCCGUCAAAACAAGGAAGGCAGAAAUCUCCCAGACACUUACUACUGCAGGAUGUGGAACACCAAAACAAGGUAAACUCAUGGCAGAUUUGUCCCUAAAUACCACCUUCUCUCCUAUGCCUGUGUCUCUUGAUCUGAACACAUGUGGUGGAAUACAAGAUAGGGAUAUGAUGUGGACAAUGAGAUUUAGUACUGACCAGUCAGAACAUGAAGAGAGAGCUUGGUGCACAGACUACAUGGAUGAGGAUACAACCUCAAAUAGCACCAAAGAUGUAAAAGGUCAAGGUGGUGAAGAGGGCCCAUCGAUUUCCAGUCCUCAGAAUAUGACAGAGCCUAAUUCUGUGCAAUCUGGUUUACAACUGAUUAAUUCAGCAACUUAUCCAGAGUUAGAGAGAACGCUAUACGAUGGGCAAGCAGAGCCAGUCAAUGUGAAUGACCUACAAUGUAGCAUGGUGGAUGUAACGUCAAACACACUUUCCUUACAUUCUCUUGCUUAUUCUGAAGUGGACACAAGGAUACAUGAAGAACAAGCUAUGCAAAUAACCCAAUCGAGUCAUCAACCAAAGCUCCAAAGACCAUCAGAUACAGAAGAAAUCUGUGCAAAUUCUAACCUUGAACCUAUCUUGAACAACGGAAAAUGUUCCAUAGAAUAUACAUCCCAGAAAGAAGAGAGUACAACAACAGAAAAAACCAUGCAUUUGAAAGAAAAACCAUCAGUUUUACAGAAAAUUCAGUUAGAUAUCACAGAACCAGGGCAAGAGCUACAAAAAAUUAAAGAUGAACUUAAUGUGGAUGAAACCAGUACCAGCAUGUGGGUAUCCUCUCCUUGUUUGAAAUCAGAUACAAGGAUAGAAGAGGCAGAUGGUAUAACUGAAGUAACACUGCACUUUCUUACAGAAUUAUCACUCCAGACAUCAUCAGCUAUACUGGAUGAAGUAAGAAAAGAGUGUGCCAAGGGUCAUACCACUAGUGCCACACUAAAACAAGAGGAACAUGUGCUACAGAAAACAGAGCAUGAAGUAAAAAUAUUUGGGGAGAAAGUCACAAUGCAUACAGAAGAUAAGGACUGCACAGGAAAUAAAACACUCUCCCAAGAUUUAUUCUCAAGUUCUAAGGAUCAAGGGGAAAUAGAUCCACAAAAUGAAGAACAAGAAAGAGUGGAUGGAAAGGAUGAAAAAGAACAGACUUAUAAUAAUGAUGGUAAAGACCAAGAGAAAAUGGAUCUAAAUUACACAAAACAGGGGAAAUGCAGUCAAGAUGAUAGGGAGGAAAAGGAAAAGAACCCAGAGGGUAAAGAGCAGAGGGAAACAAUUGGAGAUGGUCAGAAACACGAGGAAGGCUGUCUAGAAAAUGGAGAGCAAGAGACAUGGAAUCACAAAUGUGACACUCAAGGGGAAGUAAACCCCAACAGUAUAGAGCCAGGGAAAGCAGACCAACAAAGGGAAAGCAAAGAGAAAGUAGCUCCUGAGUAUCUUCCAUCUCAGUCUUCUCAUAAACUGAUGUCUAUUAGAACAGAAGGAGAAGAACAGACGCAAGGAACCAUGAAAUCAGCUAAUUUACAACUACAGCAACAGAAAUUGCUUGAAACAGGAAAAACUAAACAAACAGAAUCAGCUGAGGAUGAUGAUAAGUCAAAUGUAAAAAUAGGGAAGCAGUGUGAGUCACAGACAUGGAUGGAUGGAGGAAAAAAUGUGCAUAGAAAAGAUGUAAUGCCCUCCAAAGACACAAGUUCCAAUACAAAUCAGUUACCACUUUCACAUGUACCCAGGACCACUGGGCAUUAUGGCACAAAUACAACAGAUGAACAGACAAAUGUAAAUGAAAACUUGGGACAUGUGCAGGAAAGAAACUGUGAACUAGGUGAGGGUUUGACCUUGGCAUCUUUACCUCACAGUAAGUUAGAUAUAAGAAUAAAAGUCAAGAAAGAAACAUGUAUAGAAACAGGAUCCUUUUCUCCAUACUCACAGAGCAUGGAACCUUCAGACGCAGAAACAUCAAGCUUUACAGCAUCCUCUUUGAAUAACAUCAUAAAUGAUUCAAAAAGAUCAAGAUACAUGUCAUAUAAAGAAGAGAAUAGAGUGAAGACUUUUGAGAGAGGCACUGUGCAUCACAAGGCUGAAUGUGUGAACAUAAAUAAAUCACCGCUUUCAUAUGUACCCGAAAUAAAGAGACCAAAACUGCAUCUUAAAGAGAAAAGUAAGAAGAAGCAAGAAGGCAGGAAGGCAAAAGGUAUGCUCCUGAGAGAAGCUCGUCCUGUCAUCACUUCUUCAAACGCCUCUACUUUAGACAAAAGCAAGGAAGUUGAAACAGAAGUAAGGCAAAGGCACUUGCCACACUCUAUGCCACAAGAAUCAUUACCUGAAGGGCAAGUAGCAUCUACAAAGUCCAUUUCUAACCAUGCAAAGAGAAGAAAACUGCAUCUAUCAGCAACUGAUGUUUUGACAAGGCCCAGUGACCUAGGUUUAAAGGCAAAGAUAUCUGCAACUUAUCAUGGAUUGAAUGUCAAGGAGAAUAGUAUUCCCAGGAAGAGGAGGACUUCCUGGAGGAGCAGUAAAGAAAAAACAGGACAGAAACAGGGAAAAACCAGAGAAUCUAUAGUUUUUACAACAAAGAUUGAUAGUUCCACGCCUUCUGUUCCUCACCAUGGAUUGCUUCCUUUACAGGAAGAUUUUCUUGUGGCAUCAUGUACAGGGGAACUCACACAUUCAGGUUCAAAUGAAAGCAUUACCCUACCUAAUGCAAUAAGUAAAGCCAAUAUACAAGAGUUAUAUGAUGAGGCAAAGGUCAGAGUAAUAGUUAAAGACAGCAAAGAUAGAAUGCAUUUGAGAGCAAGAAUAUCCCCAACUGCACAUUUUAAUGACAGCAUGCCACCUUUUGAUAUUAGAGAGCAAAGGGAAAAACCUGAGCACACCAAAGGUGAUCCAACAAUGAUUGUUCUAAAUGAAACUGCUUCCUUGCCUUUUCUGUCUUUCCAAAAGUCAGACACUAGAGUGAGUAAAGAGGAAAAUAUACUAGGAGAAACAGAAAUUUCUUUUCUACCACCAAAGUCAGAGUCAGACAAAAGAGCAUGCAUGGGAUCAUCAGGUUAUGGACUAAGCAACAGAAAAGAAUCAACACAUAAAAAUGAGAAGAAUAGACUCAUAAAAGAUGUGAAAGACAAAGAGUUCAACAAAUCAAUGGACCAAAGUGUAAAGAAAUUACCAUGGUCACAUACACUCAGAAUCAAAGAGUUGCAGGGGAAAGCCCAGGUAGAAACACUUGUGGAUCUGGCAAACACAAUUUUAUCAUUGUCCAUCUCACAAUUGCAACUCAAUACAUAUUUAGGUGCACAGAUAACUGGGGGAGAAGUUUACAGUGAGAUAAAAUCACUGAAAGAACACGUGCCACAAAAAGAAAAGGAAGAUAAAAAAAGGCAUGUGAACGUAAAGAGUAAAAUGCAUGCCAAGGACAUAAAUUGCAAGACAAAUAAAUCACCUGAUUUACCUAUGAAGAAUUUGAGUGACCUUCACUGGAAAACUAGAGAGCCACGGGGAAAAGUUGAACAAGAUAUAAGUGAGCCACGUGUAACAUUAACUAAGAAGUUGACUAAGACAUCCACUGCUACAUCUCCCCAGCCUAUCCUUAUUGGGAAUCCUGGAAUCAUGGAAGAAUGUACACCAGUGUUAACAAGAUCCUCUGCUUCCUUUGGAUACUUCCAGAAAUCAUCAGAUUCUGAAAGAGGCAUUUACAUACAGCCAACUACUGGAGAUACUUCAGUUAGUCUACAAAUUGAAAAACAACAUAUGUCAGGGGAAAAGGAAGAACCUGGAAUGCAAAUAGCAAAGAUCAUAACUCACAAAUAUCAAGAAACAAGGGUUCAGGAACUUCAAGAUGAACAAGGCUUAGUUCUGACUAAAUCCUCUUAUUUGUUAUCAGAUCUGCUCCAUUCCAAAUUGUAUGAGAAAAUAGAAUUCAAUGACACAAAACUAAUACUUAGAAAUUCUGCUUCGCAGAAACUAUCAACUAAAGGAAAACCAUUACCUAGAGAGGCCAUUGUUGACGAUACCACAAAAGGUGUUCAAAAACAACAUCUACCUCAGAGAGAAGAGACAUACAGAAAAGAAAUAAUAGACAGGCAAUGCACAGAUGUAACUUUAAAAUCACAGAAUUCACUUUUCUCCCAGAAACUCCACAGAACAGAACCUAUGCAUACUAACUCACCUAAACCAAAGGAACAAGACAAUAAAAGUGAACCUCGAGUUUUAAGAAAAAUGUACAAUUCUAAACCUCCACCCGACAUCACCUUAUGUAAAGCUGUACAAGUAGAUGAAGGAAGGUCAGAAAGUGCACCAUUUUACCCAUUCCCACAAAUGUUUCCAGCAUUUUCAGAUGCAGAGAAGAUGGCAGACACAGAGGCCAGGUGUGGGUAUGUCAGAAAAGAAAAACCAUGUACAAAGCAGGUAGAAAAAACAGUAGACUUGACAGUUGGUGUGCAAUGCCAAAGGACAAAGGUCCCACCAAUUUCGAAUCUCCUUAAUGCAAAGGAAUUUGUCCUGAAUAUGAAGCUUCUGGAGAAAAAAGCACAGAAAGACAAAAGUGAACUGGCUGUGGUUGCAUCACGGACUUUCCUGUCCAUGUCAUCACCAGCUUCUAGGACUUCACUGGGCAAAACACAGAAAGACACAGCAAGAGUUACAGGACACACUUGCCCACAGGGAAAUGUCCAGGAAGCAGCAGAUAUCCAGGAAAGAGCAAACAGAGAGUCAGCUGAAGAUGACAGUAACUGUAUUGUUAAGACAACAGAACACAAUAUGCUACAGAGACAAGCCACGCCACAGGAGUCAAAGUCAGUGACCACUGUCUAUCAAAAAAGUGGUCUUCCACAAGUUGACUUGGCAUGUGAGUCAGACUCUCCAGAUCUUAACAUCGAUCUCACAAGAUUAGAUAUGAUUAAAAGGGAAAAAAUGCUGAACAUCAAAGGGCAAAAAUGUCAGCCAGAAAAAUGUGAAAAAGAACCUUCAACUAAAAUUGGAAAUUGCAAGGAGGAAAAUGAAAUCAAAGAUAAUUUAAGUCACAAAACAAGUCCUAAGUUUCCAGUUUCUCCACCAAAGAAAUCACUCAAGGAGACACUGACCACAAGUGGAACCCUUGUAUGUUCAAAGGGGCCAAUGACAGAGAGAGGACAGGAGACUGGCUCAGAUAGGUCUAUUAAGCCAAAGAAAGUUAAACAGAGUAAUGCUACAGUAAGUGAAAUGUUACCUCCAGAAAAGACAUUUCAAAAUAAGGAAGAACAAAAUGUUGACAUGAAAAAGCAAGCCAUUCCUCACUCCAAGAGUGGACAGCAGAUAAAGGCAAAGUCCUUCCCCCCUCUUAAUGUUCGAGUUCAGAACAAAUAUCAGAGGAUACCUUUACUAACAGACGUGGAUGAGAAAACUGCAGUGAAUAUCAGCCCACCAAUGCAGUCAGGGGCACACAUGAGUAUUACAGAGUUUAACCCCACAAGAAGGAAAGAAGAUUCACCAUCAAUAGUUCUAGAACAAGAACAAUGUGAUCUAGAAUUGCCUCAUAAAUCCCAUGAUUCUUUACUGAAUUCUGAACCCAGGAACUUAUGUUUACAAACAAUACAAGGGGAUGUUUCAGGGAGUAAGGACUUAAAUAUCAUACAUAUCCCUGAAAUGAAUACCACUGGGCAAGAAGAAAUAAGAAAAGAUACUCUAACAUCCCCAGAGUGCACAUUUGAAGAUCAGACAUCAGAGAUGGUGAACAUAUCCUUACAGAAGUGUGACUCUCACCUCCAAAGGGCUAUUUCAGAAGAUUACAGUUGCAGGGUUUAUAUGAAAGUUAUAAAAAUGAAUUUCAGGUCUCCAAGAGGUGAUAAUACACAUGCUAACUUAAAAAUCGAUUACCAAAGACGUUUUCCUUCUCCCAGCUGUGUAAAGACACCAACAUUGAAUGUUUCAAAUAGCAGCAAGGUCAUGACAGCACCAAAGGGCAUUGAAAAGCAAGAAACUUGGAACCCACCAUCAAUAGUUCCAUUGAGUCACAUUCUCUACAAGUUCUCAAAGAAAGAAAAGGCUGAUCUUCUUGUGCACUUAUGUACAAAAUCACUGGAGAUACAAGCAACAGGCCUUCCCAGAAUAGUAGCACAAUCUUAUGUAAUGGCCAAUGCCCAGGAUAAAUCAAAACCCUUAUUUAAGUGUAUCCAUUCUGCCACCAAAGACCCAAAACGAACAAACAGAGUUUUAGUACUUUUUGAUGAAAGAUCUUUUUGUGAAAUUGACUAUGAUUUGCAAUGCAAAUACCUCCGCUCUAUCCCUAGACCUUCUGUCACUGUGGUCUCUAAGCCAAAUGUACUUCCCAAACACACUUCUAAGUUAAGAAUGGGUUCAGGUUCAGAAUGUAAAAAAGAGGAAGAGUGUGAAAAAAGUAAUAUUCGCUCCUUUGACAAAGAACUUUUACAACAUGUUCCUUUCCAAAAGAAAAAUCUACAACAAAGCUCAUCACUCACUAGAAAAUUCCAAGAGCCAGCCAAUGUACCUGUCCUUUAUUCUGGUCUACAAGGCACAAAACAGAAAGAUAUGACAAUUCUUUCAGAUUUAAAAUUACAGAUGGCAUCGGAACAGGAUAAACAAUGUCACGUUUGGUUUCAAGAAACCAGUUCAUACAAGAAGCAUUCUGUUGCAAGAACUCGGAAAAAUAUUUCUGAUGUAGCUGAUUCAUAUUCAUCUUGGAUUUCUGAUGGCUGUACCAAUGAUGUACCUCUAAAUACUGAGACUUCAACUGACUUGGCAGAAUAUCCAGUUUCUGAGGAAAGUAACAGUGAGGAAUGUGUGUUUAUAGAAACCAAUUUUUACUUAACUCAAGAUUCACAAAAGUUAGUGUUUGAGGUACCUAAAGGCAUUCCAUUGGCAGAUACUCACAAAGUGGAUGAACCAACGGUUUUGAAACCAUUUUACUGUGGAGAUCCCAAUGAUUAUCAUACUAAGACACAUAGAAAACAUACCUCCCCCAUGGCACCGUCUUGCUAUCAGUCUCAAAAUACUAGCAAAUAUAAGAUAAACUCCAAAAUGCAGUCUCCUGACUGGUUAUCUCAUAGCUCAUCCAAUACUGUGGAAAUAGAAUCUACAAAAUCUUGCAUAACAUGGAAUAAAGACUGGUCCUCGACAACAUGGAGCACAACAAGCUACUCUUUAACCUCCUCAACAACUGAAUCAAAUAUUAAAUUGAAUCUUGCAAAAAAACAUGGGAAGUCUUACAUGUACCCACAAGUCAAAGAAAGAAGGAUAGCUAAAUCUGAUUUAUGGAGAAAGUCCAAUGUCCAGCAGAGUUCAAAUUAUAGUCACUCACACAGUGGAGAGAAACACCCAAGGAGGAAGAGACUAUAUCAUUAUGAACCCAAAGAUCCAAAUCCACAAACUAAUCAGAUGCCAGAGCCCAAUGCUCAUUGGCAGAAUGUCAAAUUCUAUUCAGAAAGAAGAGAAAAUCAGCCCUUUCUUUAUGCCUGUAUGCCAGCAGAUUCAAUGGAUGUUAUCCCCCAAACCAUUCGCUGGGUUAUUCCACGAAAAAUCUUACAGCAAAGAAACUUCAAAGUUCCUCGAGUGGCACAUAUUUCAAAAUCUUGGAAUCUAUUGAGUUCAUCCAAAAAGCUGUUGGGAUCACUUGCAUGGGCCUUUAAUAGAAUCCGUUAUCAUUGA